AUGACUUUACCCCUCGCCUGUCCUCCCGCCUCGGCCUCUUCUUGUGCCUCCUCAGACCCACCGACGGUCCCACAACGCAAGCGACGUAGAAGAGCACCAGCUAGUGGCGCCUCGGACGAUUGUUUUGCUUGCACCAAGAGAAACACCAAAUGCGACCGUCGACGGCCAUAUUGCUCGCAAUGUCUAGAGGUUGGGAAAGAAUGCUCGGGAUACAAAACCCAAUUGACCUGGGGUGUGGGAGUGGCCAGUCGCGGAAAGCUGAGAGGCUUGUCCCUCCCAGUUGCACGAUCUGCCCCAGUUCCCAGAAGUCCGCCCACGACCAGACCAAGGGCGACAUCGACGACUGCGCGGAAUCGUGAUAAUGAAGAUGGUGUUAAGAUCAAGAUGGAACAUGCGCCUCCCAUGCCCGUCAACCCUUUUACGACUUAUGAUUUUGUCAACAUGGCUCCCAAUGGAGUUGCCCCGCCUAUGCACUUGCCAGAGUGGAAUAUGCCUGUACAUCACGAAUACCCAAUACAGCAAGACUAUCACCAUCAACAAGAUGGAAUGAGCCACCAGAGACAACUUCCGCAUCUACACCGACUUCACACGCACUCUCUCAGCCUUGGAAGAGCAGACGGCGGCAUCGCUCUUUCUAGUUCCCUCGAUUCUCUAAGUGCAUAUGCCGAAAGCGACUACAAUGGGUCUCCCAUUAGCCAGUCUUUCCCCGGCGACGACGUGCCCUUCUUGCACAGCCCUGUGCCAAUGUAUAACAACUUUUCAUCGCAUAAUUCCAACGCCGGUCACAGUCCUGUAGCUAGCAUGAUGGGUGAUUCACGUGGACCCACCUCCUGCCCUGACAACUUCUAUGCCCAGUCCGAGAUCAGCUCGAGCAUCAGUUCGCACCAUGGCCACAACCUGUACGAUAUCUCUGAAGGGCGACAACAUCAACACUCCCCAGCGGGUAAUGAUAUAUUUUAUGACGACGACAUGCUGGGGGGACAUGCCAAUCAGAGCGAAUCAGAGGUAUAUGCCACCAGUGCUCGAUCAAGCCAUUUUGGCUGGACAUCCGUCAAUGAUGAUGAUAUAGCCUCGCAGGCAGCUUCCGAGGCAGACACCUAUCACCAUUCCCGACACGAUUCCAUGUCGCCCGCCUACACCUCCGACAUGACACCUCGGAUGUCGUUCUUCCUAGACUACUAUGAAAAAAUCAUAUGCCCGUCUGUGGUUGUUAUCGAUAGUCCCAGCAAUCCAUACCGAGAACACAUCCUAAGCCUAGCUUCCUCGAGUAAGAGUCUGCAGCAUGCCAUCUGUGCUCUUGCCGCCUGCAACCUGCGCAUGAAGCGAAAGCAGUCACUGGGCCAGGAUCUUUGGCGUCAGCCACUCGAGCUUGAGCUCCAAGACCGCAUCAACGGCGCGCAUACCCGGGCCCCACUAUCUCGACAACCUCCUAGCAACCCAAUGUCACCUGAUACCCCAUCAAGUGACUCCUCCCUCCAGGAAGAGUACCAGCAUCGAUCUCUCGCUGUAUCUCUUCUGAAUCAGCAGCUUGGUGAUCCCUCAAAGGCUCGUCAUGAUUGCGUCCUUGCCACACUUUUCAUCCUUUGUCACUAUCGGAUGUGUGAGUCUGGGGUCGCCCAAUUCCGUACUCAGUUCGCUGGGGUCAAGAAGAUUCUUGGAAUGCGCGAUUCGGGGGUGGAGACUGGUAACUGGGGCUGGAUGGAGACGUGUUUCACCUACUUUGAUGGGAUAGCAGCAAGCAUCAACGACCGCGAGGCUCAACUCAGGGGUGGCUAUCUGGAAAUGAUCGCCACCUCAUCAAACCCGAACCACGGCCUGGAGAACCUUGCCGGCUGUGACUCGAUACUCUUCAAAACGAUUGCCAAACUUGGUCGACUGAACAUGUUAUGUCAACACAGACCUGUCCUUGACGAUCUUGCCUCGUCACAGAUCCGCCGGCCGAGACCCCCUCAACCACGAGCAGGACUAGCCGGCCAAGCAUUAGUAGACUUCUACAACCUACACGCACACAAUUUCGAUGGCAACGGCUUUGCAUCCACCCUAGACGACAAUGCUUCUUUCGUUCACCUCACCUCUUCCACAUCUCACGACGAUAUGAACACUACUUUCUGGACCGAAUGGAAAGCCGCCCGCCAAGCGCUUCAAGAAUGGGAGUUUGACCCUUCCCGUCUUGUCGCCAACCUCCCUGCUACUCCUUCUUCAACCCAGUUAAGAGAUUUCGGAUAUAUUUCUGAAGCCUUCCGCUACUCAGCUCUUCUCUACACCGAGAGACUCGCCUGCCCCAACCUCCCAUCUUCCCACCUCAGUUUCCAGAAUCUCGUCUCACAAGUCUUGUUCUAUGUCACGAGUCUAGAUCAAGGAUCUGGAGCUGAGAAAUUCUUACUAUGGCCAUUAUUCAUCAGUGGCAGUGAAUGUGUGAAUGAGCUCCAGCAAAGUAUCGUGCGCUCAAAAUGUAGAGAAAUUAUGGGGCGCAGUGGAUACUUGAACAAUCUUGCUGGCUUGGAAGUUCUUGAAAAGUUAUGGGCCGAUGGACAGAGCGAGAAAGAUUCAUUCUCUGGACCCUUCAAGUGGGCAAAAUACAUGGAGGGAAAUGAAGGGGAAUGGAUUAUGGUAUAA